AUGCUGCUCAACCCGUGGGGCGAGCGCGAGAGGAGGUUCGGCGAGACCGUCAACGCCCUCUCGGAGACGCCCGUGCAGGGCUGGCCUGUGCAAGGGCCGAGGACCCUCCUCUGGUGCCUGUCCUUCAUGUCGACGAUGGCGGGUACGCCCACGGCGUGGCACCAGAGGUGGCUCACGUCGAUGGCGUUGCCCGACGAGGACGAGCACGCAAAGCUCCACGAGACUCUCUGCCGCGUCUUGGACCUCGCCGUCGUGUACGACCAGCUGCAGAUCGCCGAGAUGGCAUCGUUCGAGAUCGUCGCUCGCCAGCUCCAGCUCCUGGAGGAGCGGGUGUACGAGACGCGAUCGGCACCUCCGAGCGGCGCAGCCCCCAAGGCCAAGGCCGCGGCCAGAGGCGGCGCCGCAGCUGGGACCUCCAGCACGCCCGAGACCAGCCACUUCCUCGGCGCAGGCGUCUCCAAGGCCAACCUCUGCAUCUCGCCGAAGUUGCUGGAGUACAUCGCAGACCAGAUGAGGGCGGAGGCCGCCAUCAGCAAAGAGCGCCGCAAGGUUGGCAUGCUUGAGUGGGAGGUCGCCGAACGUCAGGCUACCUAUUCUACUGGCUUUUUCUUCGUCGAGAAGUCCAACGGCGUCAACCUGCGGCUCGUCUUCGACGCGCGGCCGUUCGUCUCCGUCAUGCCGAUGGGCUGGUCGUGGGCCCUCCACUUCUGCCAGUCCGCCCUGGCCGCGGCCAUCCUCGACUCGGGAAUCGACGAGAGCUCCAUGCUGGUGGACGGCGCUGCCAUCCCUCCGCUGCGGAAGGACUCCGACGUCAUCGGCGCGGGCUACGUAGACAACUUUGCCACCGUGUCCCUCGGCCCUGAUGUGGCCGCGACGGCCUGCCAGGCCAUGCGCGACGUGCUCGUGUCGAGGGGUCUGCCCGUCGACGAGUUCGCCCCCGCCGCCAAGCGCGUGGUCUUCACUGGCUUGGACAUCCUCGGCGACGUCGGCAUCGUCCGGUGUAAGAUCGACAGGCUCUGCCGGUUGCGUCAAGCCCUUCUUGGUCUACUUAGGCGUGGCUUUGCAUCGCCUCUGGCCUUGUCAGCAGUAGUGGGUCACUGUACGUGGGGUAUGAUCACCAAUAGACCCAUGCUGUCGAUCUUCAACUCGGUCUACCGCUUCAUGGGCCUGGACCCCCGAGUGGCCGUGCCGCUGUGGCCGUCGGUCAUCGCCGAGCUGCGCGCGGCAGCCGCCCUCAUACCGCUAUGGUGGGCUGACGUCAGAGCAGAGUGGUCGGCGACUACCUUCUGCAGCGACGCCUCCCCCUACGGCAUCGGGGUCUGCCGUAAGACCGUCGACCAGGAGGUCGCCGCGGCCGCUGGGCGCUUGUCUGAGAGAUGGCGCUAUCGGUUCUCCGACGCCGUGCACGCCCGUGCGCGCGCGCUCGGGAUCGAGCCUCGCACUGUGUUAGAAGCUGCCGUGAACAAAAAAUGCUUCGAAGAAUGCCGCCUCAGUCCGAGGCCUCCUAAGAUCCCUGGGGGCCCUCCGUCUACGGCAUCAUCGUUGCAUCGACCAGCUGACGCUGCUUCCCUCGACGGCUUCGACGAAAUUCCCGACUCGAUCACGGCUUUCGACGGCUGGGCCACGAUGCGCAGUUCGCGUCACUCGAGGUUCGGCUUGGACAUUAUGCGAUACGAGGCGGAGGCUCUCGGGUUUGCGAUGCGACACUCGGCUCGGUCUGGACGGCUUCGUCAUCAUCGCAUCUGGUUCACCGUUGACAAUUUGCCUCUAGCACUUGCCGCUGGCAAGGGCCGUUCUGGCGCCCGAGGCCUUCGCGACCCUCUGCGCCGUCUAUGCGCCCUGUCGGCGGCCUCGGGCAUCCGCCGCGCCAUUCGGUGGAUCCCCAGCGAGAGCAAUGCCGCGGACUCGCCGUCCAGGACAGGGGCCCUGUCGGUGCUGGAGUCGGCCGCCGUGUCGGACGCGACCAUGGCCAACUACUGGGGCGCCGCCAAGAAGUUCGAGGAGUGGUGCCGCUGGACGUCCCAGACGUUCUCCACGGCAGAGGAGGUCGAUGUCAUCCUAGUUACCUACUUCGUGAACCUCUUUCUGGACGGCUUCGACAGUGCCACGGGCCGUGUACUCAUGGCCGCUCUGAAGCACUACCUGCCCGCGAUCCUCGCUGGCAGGGCUCCGUGCCCACGGGCGGCUCGCGCCUUGACAGGCUGGCGGAAGCUCGUUCCCCCACGGAUGCGACUCCCUCUACCUCGAGCGGCGAUGGCGUCCAUCGUGGGCGUCCUGAUAUCGUGGAAGCUCUUCGGCAUGGCUGUGUUCAUCAGGCUGAUGUUCGACACCUACCUGAGGCCAAGCGAGGCAUGCCGCCUCACGGCGGGGAGCGUGAUACGACCUCGACCCGACGGCGCCCUGGGAUACGGCCACCGGGCCCUGAUCGUCAACGACGCCUGCCUCGACCGUCCUGGCAAGACAGGCGAGAUGGACGAGAGCGUGAUUGUCGACGACCCGACCAUCUGGCCGCUCCUGGAGGCCCUGGUGCACGACAAGGGCCCGAUCGACGGCCUUUGGACCUUCGCCCCCGACGAGGUGCGGAGCAUGUUCCGUCGAGCGGCAGCUGCCCUCGGUCUGGAGACCGAGUUGACUCUCUACUCGCUUCGUCAUGGGGGUGCGUCCGACGACCUGCUGUCGCUCAGGCGCACGAGGAAGGAGGUCAAGGACCGCGGCCGCUGGAGGACGGACCAGAGCCUCCUCCGCUACGCGAAGCGGGCCCGCAUGCAGCAGCGGAUCGCCAACCUAGGCCAGAACGUCGUCGACUUCGGCGAGCAGGUGGACAGGCAGAUGAACGACCUCAUCCUCCAGACCACGGCCUCGGGCGUCUUCCCGCUGCAGGUGCCGCUGGCCGUGACAAGCAGGUGCUGCCCUGCGCUGGUGCUCGGCAGCGACGGUGGUGCGGCCCGCGCCCUGCAGCGGUUGGGCUUCGGCGUCGUGCACCUCGACACGAGUCGCCACGCAGGCGACGACAUCACCGAUCCCGCAGCGGGGGCCUUCUGGGCCAGCCACCACGACUGCCGGGGGCAGCCGGCGGCCGACGCCAUUUGGGGCGCGCUGGCCGCCGCUGCGCCGCGCGGCCUGCCCGCGGCCGGGGAGUGCCCCGCUGGCUCCGCGGACGCGGCGGGGCCCAGCGGGCCGCCGCCAGAGGCGGCAGCGGGCGCGCUGGAGCGGUGCCCCUGGGGUGAGCUGGCGCGGGAGCUGCUGGCGUGGCAUGCGGUCGCCCCCCGCCGCGAGGGGUCCGAGCUGCCCUCCGGGUGCCCGCGCUACGUGGCCGCCGCUGCGGCCCUCGCUCUCACCUUCGGCGGCGUCCCAGUGACCCACCUGGGCGGCCUCGGCCUCCGCGCGCGGUGGGGGGCGCAGCGGCGGGAGGCGCAGCAGCUGUCCAGCACAGUGCCCCCCUCGCACGCUCCGCACGGUGGCUCAGCGCGCCCCUCCUGGCCGGCGCACCCCGUGAGCGGCGUGCACGGCGGUGUCCCACAGCGGUCUGGCACGCUGCUGCACCUGGCUGCGGCUUCGGACGCCGGCACGCCGCGCCGGGAUGGCUCGGUGUGCUCGGCGAGCAGCUCGGACGGCGGCGCCCCGCAGCCGGCCCGCACGGCACGCCCUGCGGACCGCGUGGGCGACGGUGCCUCCUGCCCGCUCCGCGCGGAGCACACAGCUGGCGGCGUGGACGCUGGCGUCACAGGGCCCACGCGCGCGGGGCACCCCCUGCGCCCGCCCCGCGCAGGGCGCGCAGGGCGCGCAGCGGGCGAGGCUGAUGGCACCAGCUCCUCGACGUGCUCCCCAGAUGCGGGCGGCGAGGGCGGCGGCGGCCCCAGCGCCUCGCGGCGGCCCCGGCCGGUGCCGCCACUCUUGCCUCUUGUGGGACGGGGCGGCGGGGCGGCAGGCUGCCCGAGCUGCCCCGCCCGCCGCCCGACCUCGACGGACGGCGGCACCUCGACGAGCGCCCGCCACGCGCGCCCAGAGGGCGGCGCCACGCGCUGGGCGCAGGCCGCGCGAGCGGCCGUCGGAGGCCCACAGUCCGCGCGGCAGCCGAGGCGGCCAGGCGGCGCACGGGCGGCGGCGGCGCCGGCCUCGGCCUCUCCGCCAGCGGCCGCAGACCGCGCGGAGGGCUCCAGGCGGCUGCGGUCCCUGGAGGAUCACGUGCUCGCCGCGUACGACGCGGUGCGAGGGGCGAACGCCCCUAAGCUUGUGUGGAGGACGACGGACAGCGAGUUGGACUACGAGCAGCUCCGCCCUGGCGAGUUCUUCAACCACUUCCGGAACAACAGGGCCCUCACCACCAAGGCCGGCUUGGCGAGCUGCCUGGCGCAGAGGGCCGGCUCGGGCGACUGGAGGAGGGUGGAGGCUUUCUUUCCCCGGUGCUACGACCUCGCGCAGCCGGCCGAGCGGGGAAGUUUCGUGCUGGACUUCCGCCGGGGCGCGGCGCUGAAAGUCGCACUGCUCCACCUUCGGCUGAGGUCGCGACAGCCAGCGGGUGCCGCCGCGGGCGGCGCUGCGCCCUCCGGCGGCUACCGCUGCAACUCGGACGUGCUUCGUGUGGUCGAGCGGGUCCUCCGCCGCUGGUGCCUUGAUCUGGACCCGGGCCACCUCGACGAGGAGGAGGACGACGGCGCACUGCUUGCGCAGCCGAGCGAGGGAGACUGGGACGCGCUCGUGCUGUACAGCCAGCUCGGGGAGGGGCAGCUCUUCGGCGAGGUCGGCGACGAGGGCCUCGUCAUCCACGCCAGCCGACGCUACCGCAUCGGCGGCGGGCUGGCGCCCGCUGAGCGCCAGGCCCGCCUGGCGCCGCCCGCCGCCCGGGUCGAAGACUGGCUGGAGUUCGAAGGCCACCAUUGGGGCUCGGCCGCGGCCGAGGUUGACGCGGGCCUGCAGGAGGUGGCGUCGCGGCUUGAGGGGCUCUUCGGGCAGUGGUCCCUGCAGGGCGGCUGGCUGGGCAGGAACGUGUGGAUCGUGAAGCCUGGGACGAGCUCCAAGGGCAGCGGCGUGGAGUGUAUGCACACUCUGCCCGAGCUCCUGCGCCACUGCGACAUGAUGCCAGGCAGGGUCGUGCAGAAGUACAUCUCGAGGCCGUUGGUGCUCUUCAGCGGGCGGAAGUUCGACAUCCGCCAGUGGGUCCUGGUGCGCUCCGUCCUGCCCCUGCGGGUCUUCUUCUUCAGCGAGUGCUACCUGCGCCUCUGCAACGGGAUGUACGACCUCGGGGACCUCCGCGACCGGGAGCGGCACAUCUCCAACUGGCAGGUCAACAAGCAUGGCAAGAACGUUGUGGACGGCGCCGUGGCCUCCCUCGCGGAGUUCCGCGAGCAGCUCGCCGAGAUUACCGGCGACAGCGCGUUCUGGGAGAGCCGUCUCGAGCCGCAGCUGCGCGACAUCGCCGUGGAGGUGUUGCGCGCGGGUCAGGAGGGGCUGGAGCACCGCGAUGACAGCUUCGAGCUGCUCGGCUUCGACUUCAUGGUCGACGAGGACAUGCGCGUCUGGCUCCUGGAGAUCAAUCUGAGCCCCGGCUGCGACAGCCGCACGCCGCUCCUGGCGGCCCUGCUGCAGCGGAUGUCGCGGCGGCUGGUGGAGAUCGCGGUGCUGGGCCGCGAGGACCCCGACGGCCAGGCCCCGGACUGGGUCAAGAUCUGCGACGACCAGCAGGCGCGCCCGGGGGACCGCGGCGCUGCCGAGCUGCCGCGGACGCAGGACCUGGCCGUGACGGGCCGCUCGCUGCGGGCGCCGCGCCCCGCCG